CUGUGCGUCUGCCCCGCCACCUCCGUGGUUGUCAUCAUCUAAACCCACAGUCCCGCCCCCGGUGCCCCUUGCCCACACCACCAUCUCCAGCGCCCCUGGCACAGAUCCAGCCGGCUGUCACUGUCACCGCUGCGGUCCCCCGCGCCGCCUCCACAGGGCCAGCAAGAUGCAGUUCGAGAUGCAGGAGUGCCGCGUGAAAGGCAAAGCCAUGUCCUACCCAGUGACCAGCCAGCCCCAGUGUGCCAGCACCUGCUACCAGACACAGGCCAGCGACUGGCACACGGGGCUCACGGACUGCUGCAACGACAUGCCCGUCUGUCUUUGUGGCACGUUUGCGCCCAUGUGCCUGGCCUGUCGCAUCUCUGACGACUUCGGCGAGUGCUGCUGCGCGCCCUACCUGCCCGGCGGCCUGCACUCGCUCCGCACCGGCAUGCGCGAGCGCUACUGCAUCCAGGGCUCCAUCGGGCACGACUGGGCGGCGCUCACGUUUUGUCUUCCCUGCGCAUUGUGUCAGAUGGCGCGGGAACUGAAGAUCCGACAAUAAAGGGGUUCCCCCUCCCCAGCUUUUCUUCUGGUCCUCUGGCCUCCGUUGCGCCCUCCCAGCGGGAGGGCGCCCUUCCAACUCUCUCCCAGUUGUUCCAUGUACACCCACAA